CUGGGCAUGUUCGGAUGUUGAAUGGUUUUGCCGAUAAGCAACAGCCUCCCGGAACCAAAGACUUAAAAUAGUCGUCUCCCCCCUCCUCCCCGCAGGAGCUGCAAAUGGUAUCUGCCAAACAGAUGACAAAGUACCUUGGACUGAAUCACACACAGACAGCAUUUUGAGCAGAACGCACGGCCCAACUCUUGUAAUGACUGUUUGCAGCUGGCCAGGGCUGACCAGGAGAGGGCAAACCUAAGAGGAAAUAAGUUUCCCGAACCUCGGAGAAAUGGCUGUGUGCUAAUUAAAGGCUGGGACGGGUACUUCUCUGAUAUGCUCCAAGUUGUUCUUGAGGUCACAGUUCACAGCACGCUUCCUCUGGAGGGAGUGAGUAGAUAAUUGGGAUCUUUUUUUCUUUUUUCCCCCCUCCCCGUUUUGGCCUUAUGGCCUUGAACCCGCAGUGAAUUGAAGAGAGAAAGAAAUGGAUAUGUCUGACCCCAAUUUUUGGACUGUGCUCUCAAACUUUACUUUGCCCCAUUUGAGGAGUGGGAACAGGCUUCGGCGGACACAAAGUUGCCGAACAAGCAACCGAAAGAGCUUGAUAGGCAAUGGGCAGUCACCAGCAUUGCCUCGACCACACUCGCCUCUCUCUGCUCAUGCAGGAAAUAGCCCUCAAGAUAGUCCAAGAAAUUUCUCCCCCAGUGCCUCAGCCCAUUUUUCAUUUGCACGGAGGACUGAUGGACGCCGCUGGUCCCUGGCUUCUCUCCCCUCCUCUGGCUAUGGGACAAACACACCCAGCUCCACGGUUUCUUCAUCCUGUUCCUCCCAGGAGAAAUUGCAUCAGUUACCAUACCAACCAACACCAGAUGAAUUACACUUCUUAUCGAAACAUUUUUGCACCACCGAGAGCAUCGCCACGGAGAACAGAUGCAGGAACACGCCCAUGCGCCCCCGUUCCCGAAGUCUGAGCCCUGGACGUUCUCCCGCCUGCUGUGACCAUGAAAUAAUUAUGAUGAACCAUGUCUACAAAGAAAGGUUCCCAAAGGCCACGGCUCAGAUGGAAGAACGUCUGAAGGAAAUUAUCACCAGCUACUCGCCUGACCAUGUCCUCCCCCUCGCGGAUGGAGUGCUUAGUUUCACUCACCAUCAGAUUAUUGAACUGGCUCGAGAUUGCUUGGAUAAAUCCCACCAGGGGCUCAUCACCUCACGAUACUUCCUUGAAUUACAGCACAAAUUAGAUAAGUUGCUACACGAGGCUCAUGAUCGUUCAGAAAGUGGAGAAUUGGCAUUUAUUAAACAACUGGUUCGAAAGAUCCUAAUUGUUAUUGCUCGCCCUGCUCGGUUAUUAGAGUGCCUGGAAUUUGAUCCUGAAGAAUUUUACUACCUACUGGAAGCAGCAGAAGGCCAUGCAAAAGAAGGGCAGGGCAUUAAGACUGACAUUCCCAGGUACAUCAUCAGCCAGCUGGGGCUCAAUAAGGAUCCUUUGGAAGAAAUGGCUCAGUUGGGAAACUAUGAUAGUGGGACAGCAGAAACACCAGAAACAGAUGAAUCAGUGAGUAGCUCUAAUACUUCCCUGAAGCUUCGAAGGAAACCUCGGGAAAGUGAUUUUGAAACAAUUAAAUUGAUUAGUAAUGGAGCCUAUGGGGCGGUCUACUUUGUUCGGCAUAAGGAAUCCCGGCAGAGGUUUGCCAUGAAGAAGAUUAAUAAACAGAACCUCAUCCUCCGAAACCAGAUCCAGCAGGCCUUUGUGGAACGGGAUAUCCUGACUUUUGCAGAAAACCCUUUUGUUGUCAGCAUGUAUUGCUCCUUUGAAACAAGGCGCCACUUGUGCAUGGUCAUGGAAUAUGUGGAAGGGGGCGACUGUGCUACCUUAAUGAAAAACAUGGGUCCUCUCCCUGUUGAUAUGGCCAGGAUGUACUUUGCUGAGACAGUCCUGGCCUUGGAGUAUCUGCAUAAUUAUGGAAUUGUACACAGGGAUUUGAAACCAGACAAUCUGUUGGUCACCUCCAUGGGGCACAUAAAGCUGACAGAUUUUGGAUUAUCCAAGGUGGGACUAAUGAGCAUGACUACCAAUCUUUAUGAAGGUCAUAUUGAGAAGGACGCUCGAGAGUUCCUGGACAAACAGGUUUGUGGCACACCUGAAUACAUCGCACCAGAAGUGAUUCUGAGGCAGGGCUACGGGAAGCCGGUGGACUGGUGGGCCAUGGGGAUUAUCCUCUAUGAAUUUCUGGUUGGAUGUGUGCCAUUCUUUGGGGACACUCCAGAAGAGCUAUUUGGACAAGUCAUCAGUGAUGAAAUCAACUGGCCUGAGAAGGAUGAGGCGCCACCACCCGAUGCCCAGGAUCUGAUUACCUUGCUUCUCAGGCAGAAUCCCCUGGAGAGACUGGGAACAGGUGGUGCAUAUGAAGUCAAACAGCAUCGAUUCUUCCGCUCUUUAGACUGGAACAGUUUGCUGAGACAGAAGGCAGAAUUUAUUCCCCAACUGGAAUCCGAAGAUGACACAAGUUAUUUUGAUACUCGGUCAGAGAAGUAUCAUCACAUGGAGACUGAGGAAGAAGAUGACACGAAUGAUGAAGACUUUAAUGUGGAAAUACGGCAGUUUUCCUCAUGUUCACAUAGGUUUUCAAAAGUUUUCAGCAGUAUAGAUCGAGUAACUCAGAAUUCAGGAGAAGAGAAGGAAGACCCUGGGGACAAAACCAAAAGCACAACUUUGCCAUCCACAGAAACAUUAAGCUGGAGUUCGGAAUUUUCUGAAAUGCAACAGUUGUCCACAUCCAACUCUUCAGAUACAGAAAGCAACAGACGUAAACUCAGUUCUGGCCUGCUUCCCAAACUGGCUAUCUCAACAGAGCCAGGACAAGACGCUGCUACUCCCUGCCCCGGAGACCCCCGUGAGGAGCCAGAAAAGCCAGCCCUUCCUCCGGCAGAGUGUGUUCAGGAGGAGCCCGAGGUCACCACCCCGGCCAGCACCAUCAGCAGCUCCACUCUGUCAGUUGGCAGUUUUUCAGAGCACUUGGAUCAGAUAAAUGGACGAAGCGAGUGUGUGGACAAUACAGAUAAUUCCUCAAAGCCAUCCAGUGAACCCGCCUCUCACAUGGCUCGGCAGCGGUUAGAAAGCACAGAAAAAAAGAAAAUCUCGGGGAAAGUCACAAAAUCCCUUUCUGCCAGUGCUCUGUCCCUCAUGAUCCCAGGAGAUAUGUUUGCUGUGUCUCCACUGGGAAGCCCAAUGUCUCCCCAUUCCCUGUCCUCGGACCCUUCUUCUUCACGGGAUUCCUCUCCCAGCCGAGAUUCUUCAGGGGCUUCUGCCAGUCCCCAUCAGCCCAUUGUGAUCCACAGUUCAGGAAAGAACUAUGGCUUCACCAUCCGUGCUAUCCGGGUGUACGUGGGAGACAGUGACAUCUACACAGUGCACCAUAUCGUUUGGAAUGUAGAAGAAGGAAGUCCAGCAUGCCACGCGGGACUGAAGGCUGGGGACCUGAUCACACACGUCAAUGGAGAACCGGUGCAUGGGCUUGUCCACACAGAAGUGAUAGAGCUCUUGCUAAAGAGCGGAAAUAAGGUGUCAAUCACUACUACCCCAUUUGAAAACACGUCAAUCAAAACGGGACCAGCCAGGAGAAACAGCUAUAAGAGCCGGAUGGUGAGGCGGAGCAAGAAGUCUAAGAAGAAAGAGAGCCUGGAAAGGAGGAGAUCCCUUUUCAAAAAACUAGCCAAGCAGCCUUCUCCUUUACUCCACACCAGCCGAAGUUUCUCCUGUCUGAAUCGAUCCCUGUCAUCAGGGGAGAGCCUCCCGGGGUCCCCCACUCACAGCUUGUCUCCCCGAUCCCCUACGCCCAGCUAUCGCUCCACCCCCGACUUCCCAUCUGGUACCAACUCCUCCCAGAGCAGCUCCCCAAGUUCCAGUGCCCCCAAUUCCCCAGCAGGGUCAGGACACAUCCGGCCCAGCACUCUCCAUGGUCUGGCCCCCAAGCUCAGUGGGCAGCGAUACCGGUCCGGAAGGCGUAAGUCAGCUGGCAACAUCCCGCUCUCCCCCCUGGCCCGGACACCCUCUCCAACUCCACAGCCCACCUCCCCGCAGCGGUCACCGUCACCUCUGCUGGGACACUCACUGGGCAAUUCCAAGAUCGCUCAAGCCUUUCCUAGCAAGAUGCACUCCCCUCCCACCAUCGUCAGACAUAUCGUGAGGCCCAAGAGCGCAGAGCCCCCACGGUCCCCGCUGCUCAAGCGCGUGCAGUCGGAGGAGAAGCUCUCUCCCGCCUAUGGCAGCGACAAGAAGCACCUGUGUUCCCGCAAGCACAGCCUGGAGGUGACCCAGGAGGAGGUGCAGCGGGAGCCAUCCCAGCGGGAAGUGACCUUGCAGAGCCUGGAGGAGAACGUGUGUGACGCACCCUCGCUCACCCGGGCCCGGCCUGUGGAACAAGGCUGCCUGAAACGCCCCGUCUCCCGGAAGCUGGGAAGGCAGGAGUCCAUGGAAGACGUGGACCGAGAGAAGCUGAAGGCCAAGGUGGUGGUGAAGAAAGCAGGCGGCUUCCCAGAGAAGCAAGAAUCCCACCAGAAAUCCCACGGACUUGGUAGUGAUUUGGAAAACCUCUCUACUUUUAGGCUAGAAGAGAGAGAGAAGAAAAUACAUCCAAAGGCUUUAGAAAGGUCAAAUCAUUUUGAAAACAAAGCAGCCAUGCCGGAGGCCCAGUCCCUGGGCAGUCUGCUGAAAGAUGCUCUUCACAAGCAGGCCAGCGUGCGUGCCAGUGAGGGCGUCACCUCAGACGGGGCAGCAGCUAGCUACAGCCUAGCACCCGGGGACCAUGGCCAGGGCACCUGUGACUUCAAGCGAGCCUCCGCUCCUGGCACCCUCCAAGACGGUCUCUGUCACUCCACUGAUAGGUCCACCUCUGGGAAGGGGGAAAACAUGGAGAAGGCCCCCCAGGCCAAGGAGUGUCUCCGAUGUGAGAAGUUAGACAGCAAGCUGGCCAAUAUUGAUUACCUCCGAAAGAAGAUGUCACUUGAAGACAAAGAUGACGGCCUCUGCACUGUGCUCAAGCCCAAGAUGACAUCUAGUGGCCAUGAAUGCCCGCCUGGGAACACAGUCCGGCCCAUGCAGCAGGAGGCCCCGCCAGCCUCCGAGAGCCGGGCAUUCAUCAGUGGCGCCCACGCAGCUCAGAUUAGUGCUGUCUCUUUUGUCCCUCUCAAGGCCUUAGCUGGCCGGGUGGACGGCGGAGCAGAGAAGCCAGGACUGGCUGCUCCUGAGUCGCCUGUCCGGAAAAGCCCCUCGGAGUACAAGCUGGAAGGUAGGUCUGUGUCAUGCCUGAAGCCAAUUGAGGGCACUUUGGACAUUGCUCUCCUCUCUGGACCUCAGGCCUCCAAGACAGAGCUGCUUUCCCCAGAGCCUGCGCAGAGCCCCAGCCCGGGCAGUGACAUAGGGCCCUCUGUGCCACCUGCUCUCCCCAGCAGUGGGGGCAAGAAAGGUGAAAUUUCGGGUCAGAGGGAGCCUUCCCCUGCCAGCUUUAAGAUGAAUAAAUCCUACCUGCUUGAGCCUCGGUUCCCACCACCCAGUCGGGGCCUCCAGAAUGCACCAGCAGCUUCCCUGCCCGACCCAGAGCUGAAGCGGGACAGAAGAGUCUCUCAUGCUGCCAGGGGCCCCGUGACGAUCGCGGAAAAUGAUCCGCAGCGGAGAGAGGGCGGCCUCAGCAAGCACCAAGACCACAGCCCCGACACUAUGCGCCUUCCCUUCCUGGGGCAGAACCUCCAUGUCGCCGACCCACCCAGGCUGCACAGCCCCCUCCCACCUGAAGGUGCCCCCUCGAGGGAGAAGCUGGGCCUGAGGGAGUCAUCUGAGAGGGGCCCUUCCACAGCCAGAAGCGAGCGGGCUGCUGCAAGGGCUGACGUCUGCAGAGACCCCUCUGUGGAGCUGCGUCCUCCGGAAGCUAAGACCAGUGACAAGUCCAAAAAUCUCCACUCUGCAGGAAGGGCCUGCCCAGAUCUCUACACACAGACCCAGGCCGUGGAGAAAGCAUGGGAGCCUUGUGGGAAAACGAUCCACAAAGAUGGCCGAGAUGAGGGGAGGUUCCUGGCCAGGGAGGACUCCUCUUUGUACUCAGUGGGGCCUCUUUGGGAGAGGGAGCUGGGCAAGGGAAGAAGUGGUGUGGAACCCAAGCCUGAAGCCUCUCCUGCCAGGCAGUCUCUGCAGCCUCCCGGGACUGGGAGUGGGAAGAGCGGAAAGCUCUCCGGUUUCCCGUCUUUGCAGAAAGAUGGUCCCAAGGAACCAGAAAGGAAAGAACAGCCUCUACAAAAGCAUCUUAGCAGUAGCUCUCAGCCCCCACCGAUUACCAAAGAACUGCCUAGCCUGGCCGCUCGGCAGCACUGCAGUGCACCAAGCCCCCCUUCAGGCAGAGAGCCGGGGAGCAAGCCUGGUGCUGCAGAACCCAGCCUGGGCCUCCAGGAGCCUCCCAAGCCUGCUGCUGUGCACAGUGAAAGCAGCAGCCACAAGCCCAGGCCUGGCCCGGACCUGGGCCCUCCAAAGUCUAAGCCCCCAGACAGGCCCCUCUCCUCUCAGAAGCCAAGCACUGGGCCUGUGGUGGGCAAAGAGCCUGGCACUCAGCCCCCCUGUGGCCCCAGCCGAGAGGGGAAGGGCAGCAGUAAGGGUAUGUUGGAUGCGUUACCCGCCCUCCCAGGCUCCCGGAGCACAGCCAGUGAUGCGAUUGGCCAGGGAGGAGGUGGGCCCUCAGUCCCGCUGCACACCGAAGGGGGUCCUCUAGACACUAAGCUGAAACCUGCCAGUGGUGGGCGUCCCCCGGAGAUGCUGGAGAAGCCCGUGCAUCUGCCACGGCAAGGACACCCAGUGGUUAGUGAGUCGGUAGACCAGAAACUUCCCACUGUCAGUGAAAAGCAAAACCUGUCUCCAAAGCACCCCAAACCAUCCACUGUGAAAGACUGCCCCACUUUGUGCAAACAGACAGACAAGAGCCCAAGUCCGCAGGCCACGCCCACAGACAGGAAGGCCGAGGGGAAGCGAUGCACAGAAGCACUUUAUGUUCCAGCGGACGGCCGGAAGCUGGAGGCCAGCCUUCCCCUGGCGCCCGGCGAGGCCAGGCUGAAAGGCGCCGAGAGGCCGGCCGCGGCGGGCAAGGGCCUGCCGGAGGCCAAGGGGAAGGGGCUCGGUCCCCAGAAGCCACCGACUGAGGCAGGCAAGCCCAGCGGCAUGAAGCGGUCGCCCUCAGCCACCGGGCAGAGUUCUUUCCGAUCUGCCGGCCUCCCGGAGAAGUCGCUGAGCUCCUCCUCCAGUUUUCCUGAAGCCAGACCCGGAGUUCAAGAGGCCUCUGCAGCCAGCGGUGACACCUCGUCUGCCGGGGCCAACGGGGCCACGGCUGAGCCCGAAGCCUCCAGCACCAGGGACCAUAGGAAGUCCCUGCCUGGGGGCGAUGGCAGAACCCACAUGACCAAGAGCGACUCUUUGCCAUCCUUUCGGAGCGCCACCAUCAGUCUGGAGUCGCACCACCCCAACACAAACGUGGCGGGGGGAGCCGGCCCCCAGGACAGGGCCCUCUUGGUAACUGCCACCGUAGGAGAAACCAAAGGGAAAGAGCCUGCCCCGGCCCAGCCUCCCCAGACUAGGAAACAGAAUGUGGGCAGGGAGGUAACCAAGCUGUCCCCAGCUCCAAACCCUGACCGCCCCGUCGCCUUUUCCUCCGAGAAGGACUCUGUGGUACGGCAGAGGCGGGGGAAGGAGAGCUUGCGGAGCAGCCCUCACAAAAAGGCCUCGUGAUGAGGCAGGGACCGUACGGGACAGGGGAGACCCCACCUGAAUGUGUCACCGAGUCUUGGCUACCAUGUGAAACCAGCACUGUGUGGGCGCGUCUGCCAGGCGGAGCCUGGAGCCUCACUGAGAAGGGGAGAGAGAGAGCGAUGGAAAGAAAGAGGGGACUUCCAAAUGCCUUCCCAAUUGUAACCGGUAAAACUGUUACCAGAUAGUGUUUGUACAAAA